AUGGGCCAGGCCCUUGGUGGAGGUCACAUGAGGCGCCACCGGGCCGCGUUGAGUCUGUUGCCUGCGUUGGCGACGAUGAAGAUAUCCUCCUCCGCCGCCAAGAAUCGGGCUACGUGCUUGGAUUUGGACUUGAACUUGACGCCGAUGGAGAAUGACGACUUGAGCUUGCGGUUAGGGAAAUCCCUCCACAUUGCUUGA